AUGCAUCUUUUGCAGACACAGCCUUUGCGCCUCUUUGCAGCUGCCCACGUUUUGCGCCGCCUUCUUUUCAAGCCUAGCCUUGUCCAGCUGCGCAUUCUGCUGUGCGCAGAAGGGAGCGUCCAGAGCGGCUGCGCUGGCGGUGCACCCGCAAGGGCUCGGGGCGAGGCGCAGAUGCCGGCUGUCCCCAAUCGAACCGUUGCCGUGGCACGUCCCCUUUCAUUCGCUAGCCCAGUCAGUCGCGUCGACAGCAUCAGUUCGGCAUCCCCCCCUUCGCCGUUCAAGCAGUUGCGUAUCCAGCCCACUCUCAACGGCCUCCUCAACUGCAUGCAGAAUGACCGGCUAACCCCCCGGCCACCAGCUCAGCUAGAUCGUGAGCGCGAGCGUGAGCGCAAGCGGCUUCCCAUCGGCUAA